CUCUCUCUCUCUCUCUCUCUGUUAAUAGACUAUAGAGGUCGCAUUUCUCAUCUAUGUUUACACAAAGUCGUACAGAAACGAGGCACAAAACAUGUUUCCACUGACUAUUAAGGAAUUCCUACGCGCGCACACUCUUUGUAAUUCUUUGUUCCUUCCUCCACAUGAUGUCGUUGCCUUCUGCAGCUUUUGACGUUCUCAAAGCAAACACAACAGCUCCCAACCCCCAUUCCCCCCACCUUAAACUAAACUAAUACCUCAGUCUUGUACUCUCCUUUCUGGGUCCUUUGUUCCUCACCUGUUCCUCUCCUCCCUGUUUUCUCUUUUAAAUACUCUGUUUUCCUCUGAUUUCAAAAUCGUUGUUGUACACAUCGCAAAGAUGUAUGGAAGGGAGAGAUCGCCGCGAGAAUACUCAUUCCCCCAAAGAAGAAGAACCCCUUCUUUCUCUUCCACUCUCUUAGACGUUAUUUCCCGUUCCAUCGACGAACCCAACGCCGCAGAAGCUCACUUCAAAGAAACAACCGCGUUCAAGAAGCAGAGCAUUUCCAGCUCUAAGCGUGGCAGUUGGGUACAAGAAGAGGACAGGGAGGUAAAGAAUCUUCGUCGGUCGGUCAUGAUCGAAGAUUGGAUGGAGAAGCAGAGCAUUCACAGCUCUGUGCUAUUCAAUUCAACCUCAAGCUCCUCAGAGUCUAGCUCUGGCGCAGGCUUCUCAUCGUCGGAAACAGAGUCUUUCUACAAACACAAACCAAAACCCAAGUUGCAGAGCUCCAAGAAGCAGACGAAGUUGGAGUAUCGGAAUUCAGAGAAGCAUCCCAAGUCGAAGAGUGAAGGAAGUUCCGCGAAGUUGAAGCUACAGGGGUUGAAAAUGCACGGCGAGUUGAAGAAAGCGAAGCAGCCCAUUUCACCCGGGGGUCGCAUUGCUAGCUUUCUCAACUCGAUUUUCAAUUCGGAUAACGUGAAGAAAGCCAAAAUGUGCUAUGUUGGAGCUGUAGAAGAUGUGAACUUUGAGCCCAAAUCGAAGUCUGCAUGUUCUUCCAGGUCUUGCUUGAGCAAAACCCCUGCUUCAAGAGGAAAACUGAGCAAUGGUAUCAAAAGAUCUGUAAAGUUUUAUCCUCUUAGCGUGAUCGUUGGAGAGGAUUCCCAGCCCUGCGGUCAUAAAUGUAUUUAUGAAGAUGAUCCAAGCCUGAUGACGAUUCCAACCAUUCGAAAAAUUUCGAAAACUCGUUCUGUAAAGAAGGUUACAACUGCAUUUGAUUUGAGAGGUUUAGGCCACAGGGAGGUUGAUGAUGAUGAUGAUGCCGAGAGCUAUUCGAGCUCGGAUUUGUUUGAGCUUGAUCACCUUGUUGGAAUUGGGAGGUACAGAGAGGAGCUUCCAGUGUAUGAAACUACAAAUUUGAAAACAAAUCAAGCUAUUGCUAAUGGCUUGAUUUUUUAGUUCAUUUGACAUCAUUGUAAUUAAUGGUUUGGAGAAUUAAAUUAACUUUGAAAUUUCAAUUA